AUAUUUGGUAGCAUCAAUUUGACCAACUUUCACAUUCAUACAUGCAAGUUUACUAAUUAAAAAAAAAACUGGUUUUGUUGACUGAAGUCGACAAUAUUACUCUUGAGGCUCUUUGGUGAGCUUUAUAUUUUAUGCCUGUAUUCACUAUAGUCAGAUUUUUAUAUUAUUACCUAACCUUUCACUUUUCAUUCAUUUUUGUUUGCAUACUUAUAUAAUGUUCAGUUGAAAGUGCAUGCAUGCAUGCUAAUCUUUAUUCAACAAAGAUGAAAAAAAUAUUUUCAGAAUUACAUUUACACAACAAAUUAGCAUUGAUAACUCCGAUAACGUAGUAUUAUUAUAAAUCAACAACUGUACGCAAAACACGGGUUGUAAACAAAACAUAUGCCAAGUGAUAAUUGCCAAAUAGCACAGCGCCAAAUCAAAAUAGGCUACAUAAAAAAUAAAAAACAAAGAGAUAAAUAAACACUGUUGCAUAAAUCACUAACAACUCAGAUAACAAACUGAUUGCAUGUUUGUAAAAGUUUUCUCCCUGGUUGUGAUCACACGGGUCCUAGUGCGCUCAUGUGUGCGUGCGUGUGUGUUUUCUUAGGUAGCCUGUUAAAAUGCCCGAUCUCAUUAUUCGUCUUUUUCCAAGAUGGCGUCGAUGAGGGAGAGCGACACCGGCCUGUGGCUCCACAACAAACUUGGAUCGACAGACGAGCUGUGGACACCUUCGAGCAUCGCUUCCCUACUCACGGUAUCGGUCAUCGACAACAUACGGCUGUGUUUCUCCAGUUUGUCGCCUCCGGUGAAGCUCAAACUCUUGCUGGGGAUGCUGCACCUCCCGCGCAGGACCGUGGAUGAGAUGAAGGAAGCUCUGUCAGAGAUCAUUCAGUUGGCCACUGUGGACUCUGAGCCGUGGGUGUUAAUGGUGGCUGAUAUUCUGAAAUCAUUUCCAGAGACAGGCUCGCUAAACCUGGACCUGGAGGAGCAGAACCCAAAUGUACAGGACAUACUUGGAGAGCUGCGUGAGAAAGUAAAUGAAUGUGAAGCGUCGUCCAUGUUGCCUCUGGAGUGUCAGUAUCUGAACAAGAGUGCUUUGACUACGCUGGUGGGGCCACUCACUCCACCCAUCAAGCACUUCCAGCUCAAGAGGAAACCCAAGAGUGCUACGCUCAGAGCUGAGCUGCUUCAGAAAUCCACAGAGACUGCCCAGCAGUUAAAGAAAACAGCAGGAGUGCCAUUCCACUCAAAAGGAAGAGGUCUAGUAAAGAAGAUUGACACAACAACUCCGCUGAAGGGCAUUCCCAAAGCACCAUUCCGGAGCCCUACCACCCCAAGCAUGUUCAGCCCUCCCAGUAACAGAACCCCUAUUGCCCCUGCCCGCACACCCCUGCGCAAAGAAAGGGGGGUCAAGCUGUUGGAUAUAUCUGAGUUGGAUAUGGUAGGAGCUGGCAGAGAAGCUAAGAGGAGAAGAAAGACUUUGGACACAGAAGCUGGAGAGAAGGUGGCCAAAGAAGAGGCGGUUGUGGAGAACGCAACACCAGACUACGCAGCUGGCUUGGUGUCCACACAGAAACUUGGGGCGCUAAACAACGAGAGUGCUCUUCCGUCAACCAGUUACCUUCCCGCAACCCCCAGCAUGGUUCCUUCUUCGUCUUAUAUUCCCAGUUCAGAGACACAGCCAGCGAAUGCAGGCGGUUCAGGGCGUGAACCUACAAACCGGCAGUCGGAGGAGUCGUCCGCCCCAAGUGCUUCUGCUUCACUACCCGGCCAGUUUAAACAGCGGCCGCCCAUGUAUAAUGCCAGCACUGCCAGUCCCACCGCCCCCACUUCACCCACCACGCCAACCAGUACGCCUACCAACAAUGCCCCGCCUCCUGCCGCCACAGCAGCACAGCCAGACAUGCCCACGCAGCCGCCCACCACUGCAGCCCAGCCUGCACCCACGCCAGUGCCCCCACAGACCCAACCGAAAAAGAACCUGUCGCUCACGAGAGAACAGAUGUAUGCUGCGCAGGAAAUGUUCAAGACUGCAAACAAAGUUACACGGCCUGAAAAAGCCCUCAUCCUUGGCUUCAUGGCAGGAUCACGAGAAAACCCCUGUCCAGAGCAGGGUGACAUCAUUCAGAUCAAACUAAGUGAGCACACAGAAGUACUGCCUAAAGCGGAUGGAACCGGCAGCACCACCAUGCUGGUGGACACAGUGUUUGAGAUGAACUACUCUACUGGACAAUGGACCCGCCUCAAGAAAUACAAACCCAUUACCAAUGUCUCCUGAGGAGGACUGGGUUAAAAAACAGCGCGUUUACAUAGACACAUAUGUAUGCAUUCACACACCCCUCUUCGACGUCACCUGAGGAGUGCUUUAAAACAAAUAUCAUGUACAUGCGCUGGAAUGUACAUAUUUACGGGCCAAAUUCUGAGGUAUUGGGGAUAUGCGCUAGUGAAUUUCUGGAUGCUGGUUUCAGACAGUUGCAAAGGACUUCCUGUUUGGUUGACCUCAUGUCCUAUCUUUGUUCCUGCAUUGCCAAAGACAGGGACCCUCUUACAAAAUAACUGGUUUCUUUAUCUUUUUGUUAAUGUUUGUAUUGUCUCUCAUUUUUAGGCCCAUUUCAGAUUUCUUAGUGUCGGGGAAAUGAGGCGAAAUUGAAGCAGGGCUUGUUAGUUUGUGUCAUAAUCUACCUUUGAUUGACACAUUAUUAAGAGAUCUUAAAAGGGUACAAACAUGCUAUUACAGUGUCCCACCAGUGAAACAAAAGAAUCUGUUUGUGUUUUCACACUGAGAAUGUUUAAAAAUGUUUUCAAGUUCCUCCUUGGAUGGAAAAAAGAAAUGAAAACAAUAAACAGUGUAAAACAGUUUA